CAAUGGCGAAAGAUCAUAGAAAAAAGCCACCUGGUGGUGCGUCUUGACUCCGCCCCUUUCCAGCGGCUACCAUCGACGACAGCGUUCGAAGAGAGGCCUUUGAGAUCCAGCGCCCCCUGCGGCAGCCUGGAGCAGGGCAUGGUACCAGGGCAUCUCCAUCGCCUCGCCCUCAAAUCAGUGGCAGGGAUGGACUGAGCGCCCGGGGGGCUGAACAAGAGGCCCAGCUCUCGCUUCUCAGCGGCCACAUGAUCGCGUUUCUACUGAGAUGUCCUUCUCCAAAAUUUAAAAAGCAAAACAAAAAAUGGAACUGGGGAAAGGAAAGCUACUGAGGACUGGCCUCAAUGCCUUAUACCAGGCCAUACAUCCUGUGCAUGGCAUCGCUUGGACAGAUGGAAAGCAAGUGAUCCUGACUUCUUUCUACUUACAUAAUGGGGAACCUAAAUUUGGCAGCUCCAAUGUGGUGGGUCAGUUUGAACACGUUCAUGGACUUUACUGGGGACCAUUGUGCACAGAAGAUGUCCCUGCACUUCUUGCCAUUCAGCAUAAAAAACACAUCACCAUGUGGCAGCUCUGUUACAGUGCUUCUGAAAGAAAUAAGCUUAUGGUUUAUCAGAUCAGUGAAAUUGGUGAGGCAUUUCCUAUACUCCCCCAGGGCUGCAUAUGGCAUCCCAAAAAAGAAGUCUUGGCUGUUCUGACCACCCGGGAUGCUUCUGUCCUGCACAUGGUUCGCCUCAACAAUUCCAGGAUAAAAGCAGACAUCAAGGGCACUGGGCUGGUCCAUUGUGCUUGCUGGACUGAAGAAGGCAAUCGCUUGGUGAUUGGGAUAGGCAGUGCCCUCCAUUCCUAUAUUUGGGAUGACGAUCGGACAACUUUGAACCCGUGUUCUUUCUGCCCAAUAUUUGAUGUAGGAGGCUAUGUCUGUGCUGUUGAAGCCACUUCAAGUUCCCAAGUGGCGGUUGCUACUGAACUUCCGCUAGAUAAGAUAUGUAGCUUGAAUGCAGGGAUGGCUUUUGAAAUAUCAACGGACGCUGUAUCAAACUCUGUUCCUUCGCAAACUACCUCGCUGAGCUGUGAAGAAGAGCUCUCUACGGAUGUUGGGAAAAAGAUCCUAGACCAAGAACAGUCUUUACCUGCCAGAGCACUUGCACCUUCACCUGUAGAUCUAACCCAUAUUCUUUCAAGCAAACCCCGAUUGGACAACACUCCUCUCAUUCAUUUAAGAGCAAAGGACUACCUAACAGGAAGUGGCCAAGAUGCUUCACACCUGAUCUUGGUGACUUUUGAAAAAAAAGUGACUGCUACAAGGAGAGUCAGUAUCCCAGGCAUUCUGGUCCCAGAUAUAAUGGCUUUUGACCCUAAAAAUCAGACUGUGGCUGUAGCAUCCAACACCUGUAAUAUAAUUUUGGUGUACUCAUUAAUGUCCUCCCACUUACCUAACAUUCAACAAAUUCAGCUUGAGAAAAGCGAGAGGCCAAAGGGAUUGUGUUUCCUAACAGAUAAACUAUUACUAAUACUGGUUGGGAAACAAAAAUUAACAGAUCCUGCUUUUCUUCCAUCCUCACGAUCAGACAAGUACCUUCUCCGUUUGAUGAUCAAAGAAAUUAUAUGCAAAGAGGGUUCCUCUGCACUUUCUGGCUCUGCUCCAGCUGGUUCAGUAAGCCUGGCUAUGAAAAGAGAGGGCCUUGAAACUCAUUCAGAUGGUCACCCUCUGAGUGAUGGAUUGCUCCUCCCAGGCUGCACAGUAGUUCCCUCUCCUAGAAGUAAAAAAAAGCUCAUCGAAGAAAUUAAGAGCCCUGCUAAUGAACAGAACCUGUUGAUGAGUGCAGUUGACCUAAAGGAAAAGAAUAUUUCCAAGGAUUUUCCCCAAAUCCUGGAAACUUUGGAUACUGAACCAACAAAUCGUUCACUGGUUCUUCAAGGACUUCAGACCUCAUCAGGAUUGGCUGACAUACCAGCUUCUCCAAACCAGCGAGUGCAGAGAUCCCCUGACACUUUAAAUUCUUCCAAUGUUAACGUUUUGCGAAGUGAAAAAGAAGCCAGUUACUUACCUAAAAAUCUUGAAAGGUUGUGUAGCAGCUUUACAGAGUUGCAGCAUCAGCUUUUUGAAUUAACUGAGCUUCUGAAAUCUGGAAAAAAACCUUUGUCAGGAUAUCCAUCUUCUCGGGAACCUUCUUUUGUUAAUAUCACUUGCCAGAAGGAUUCAGCAGGAGCUGUGACUCUUGAAAAGCGAGCUGUUAUCCUCUGUGAUGGCAAACUUCGUCUAAAUAUAGUUCAGCAGAUUUUCAACCUGUGUCUUGUUGAAAUGCAACAUGAUUUGUCCUGGAUUGUUCUCACGGCAGACAGUGAGGGCUUUAUUCCAUUGACAUUCAGCACGCUGCAGGAGAUAGUCAUCAGAGAUGCUUGUGCCAACCCUCACGAAGAUAGCAUUCAUUCUUCCAAAACUCUGGACAUUGUCAACUCCACCAGUGGCUACACAAAGCUUUCUUCCCAAAGUCUAGAUCGUUCCACUAGUUCUUUGGAAGUACUGAGAGAACAUUCUUCCAGGAGUCUAGAGACCAUCAGUUCCUCUGUCCAAACCAGCCCUAAUUCAUAAGAUGAGCUAAACCUGUUCACAUUCAGAACAAUUUGUUAGUUGUCCUUUAGGACUCAAGCCUUUCAGCUGUGCAUAAUUAAAACUGGGUGAGUUGUGCUUUUACGAGUGUAUGCCAUUUGACCAUUCUCUAGAUCUUCCUUAGACUGUUUUCCUCCCACAUUUUGCAACUCAGUACAAACUAGAGGUUGUAUUUAAGAUAUUUAUAAGCCUGCCUUUCUCCUGAGCAUCUCAGCUGGUAAAAGAUUUAAAAUACCCCCCUCCCCCAAAUUUGUACACCUGAUUUGCAUGUUUCCUGCACUGUUGAGGGGGGGAAAUGCUUCUGGUUUGCUAAAACUUGCUUAAAACAAAUGUAUGUUUCCAGUUUCCAGUAGAACAUUGCUAGAAAUGUUUUUUCUAUUAAUGAAGAAAUGUAAACAUUAUUGCCAAAAUUAUAAGGUCUCUAGGGGGGGUUGCCCUUAGAAUUUAACUCAGGAGAUGUCUCAGUGGAGACCACACUGAAAAUAAUGUAUUAAUGUAGCUUCAGGCUUAUUUAGUACCAUGUCACAUAAAACCUUGCAAGUGAAGGUUCUGCAUCGUUAUACUAAUGUAACUUUUAUUUAUUAAAAUAAUUUAUACCCCUC